AGGGCUCGGGGCGGGAGCUUCGGUGCUGCCGGGCCCCGGCCGGCGGACGCUGUUGGUUUCGGGACGAGGGACGCGCGCCGACGCGCUCGACGAUUCCGGGCACGGGAAUAGUGGGCACGCUGGGUCUGGUGCCGCCCAGGGUCGCGGAUGGCCAGGGCACCAAGAGUAACCACGUGCUCGGCCGGUGGUCUUGAGACGGGACGAGCACACGUAAAGUUUGGAGGUUUGUGUUUCCUCACUGCCUUGCCUUGAAGACAACGAUGCCAAAGAAAGUGAAGCCUGCAGGGGAUGGGAAGGAAGAGGGGCCUGUGCCCUGUAAGCAGGUGAAGGUGGAGGCAGCUGGUGGGCCUUCCCCUUUGAACCUUGACAGUCCCAGUGGCCUCUUUGAAAGUUUAAUCUCGCCCAUCAAGACAGAGACUUUUUUCAAGGAAUUCUGGGAGCAGAAGCCCCUUCUUAUCCAGAGAGACGACCCUGUGCUGGCCACAUACUACCGGUCCCUGUUCAGGCUCUCAGAUCUGAAGAGUCUGUGCAGCCGGGGUAUGUACUAUGGAAGAGACGUAAAUGUCUGCCGUUGUGUCAAUGGGAAGAAGAAGGUUUUAAAUAAAGAUGGCAAAGUGCACUUUCUUCAGCUGAGAAAAGAUUUUGAUCAGAAAAGGGCAACAAUUCAGUUUCACCAACCUCAGAGAUUUAAGGAUGAGCUUUGGAGGAUCCAGGAGAAGCUGGAGUGCUACUUUGGCUCGUUGGUUGGCUCGAAUGUGUACAUAACCCCUGCGGGUUCUCAGGGCCUGCCGCCCCAUUAUGAUGACGUAGAGGUGAGGGGGGAGGAAACUGCUCGGCUCCGGGAGGACGAGUUGCUGCCAGCCCGGGUUUUCAUCCUGCAGCUGGAGGGAGAGAAACACUGGCGCCUGUACCACCCGACGGUGCCCCUGGCGCGGGAGUACAGCUUGGAGGCUGAGGACAGGAUCGGGAGGCCAGCACACGAGUUCACAUUGAAGCCGGGAGACUUGCUGUACUUUCCCAGAGGGACCAUUCAUCAGGCGGACACUCCCUCAGGGCUGGCCCACUCCACGCACGUGACCAUCAGCACCUACCAGAGCAGUUCAUGGGGAGAUUUCCUUUUGGACACCAUUUCAGGGCUCGUGUUUGAUACCGCAAAGGCAGACGUAGCGCUACGGGCCGGCAUACCCCGGCAGCUGCUCCUGCAGGUGGAAACCACAGCCGUUGCAACAAGAAAAUUAAGUGGCUUUCUGAGGAUGCUUGCAGACCGGCUGGAGGGCACCAAAGAACUGCUUUCAGCAGACAUGAAGAAGGACUUUGCUAUGAACAGGCUCCCACCUUACUAUUUGGGGGAUGGAGUAGAGCUUUCAACACCAGGUGGACAGUUACCGGGGUUGGACAGCACUGUGAGGCUGCAGUUUAGAGACCACGUCGUCCUCACUGUAGGACCAGAUCAGGACCCAUCCGACGAAACUCGAGAAAAGAUGGUUUACAUCUAUCAUUCCUUAAAGAAUAGGAGAGAGACACACAUGAUGGGAAAUGAGGAAACAGAGUCUCAUGGACUUCGCUUUCCUUUAUCACAUAUCGAUGCACUGAAGCAAAUUUGGAACAGUUCAGCUAUUUCUGUCAAGGACCUGAAACUUACUACAGAUGAGGAAAAGCAAAGCCUGGUAUUAUCCCUCUGGACAGAAUGUUUAAUCCAAGUAGUCUAGUGCCUUUUAAUAUUUAUAUAUAAAAUAGUAGACACUUGAUUCUGCAAAGAUUUACGUGCUAGGGAGCCCCUGUUGCUUUGAACCAAGGACAUAAUGAAUGUAACUUUCCUUACCUGUGUAUCUAAGAAUGUAACAUGAGACCUACCUGUUACAGGUGACCAGUUGGCCAUAUGUACUAACAAACAGAGGUACAUAGAAGAACGAACAGCAAAUUACUAAAUGUCCCAGAAGGUGACAAAAACCGUACUUCUUGACAAGUUUAUUUAAUCCAGUGUGGUAGAAAAGGCACAGCUCAAUAAAUGUAUCAUUUAAAUUUAAA